CUCAGACCAGUCGCGGCGGCCAUUUGCGGAUGCGUAGUCGGCGGUACCGGUUGUAAGUGUCGUAAGUGUCGUGUUUGUGUGUGCGUGCGUGUGCAGUCCUCACCGAGUGCGACGCGGAUAUUCGUAAUAAUAUUAUCAUUAAUUUUUUUGUGUUGAUAAACGAUAAUAUUAUCCUUAGUUUUUGAUAACGCGGAAGAUUUUUGAUUUUAUCACUCAGAUUAUUUGUUAAACUCGUCAAUACCGCCCGUUUUUCGCAUCCGUGCAGAUUACUAUUACACGAUCGUCGGCCGACAGCAAUAAAUAUCCGUUCGUUGUAUCGUUAUCGUUGCUGUCGUGUUCAUAGGUGUAUAUUAUGCGAUUCCUGAAACUUAUAUUUUUAUUAAAAUUAAUAACGGAAAAUAAAAUUUACUGUAACGUUUGAUUAUCCGCUCCGAUUUGCGGCAGGUGUUAACAUAUAUUUUUUUUUGUUUUCGGUCGAAAAGCCGCUUGGAUCGUAAUAUUUUUUGUGCGACAUAUUUCUUUUAAAAAUUUUUUAAUUUUAAUUUACCUCACGGGUGGCGUCACCCGUACACGCAUUGUGCGCGUUUCCCAAAACCGCGCGUCGGCAUGAAGGAGGUGGUGUCCGUUAACCCGUCGCCGCCGCCGCCGCCGCAGCUGAUAAGGGCCAAACAACCCGGAUACUUGGACCUGACAGCGGAACAGAUAGACCGACUGAUUAGUAAAGAUCCCAUUGAAAAGGAUUACGACGUAGAAUCUGAACCGUUUGCGAGGGGCAAAUAUGCGACGGUCAGAAGRUGUCGAGACAAACAGACCGGUAAACACUACGCGGCAAAGUUCCUGCGGAAACGUCGGCGGAACGCCGACCUGCGACCCGAAAUCCUACACGAGGUGGCCGUGCUGGAAGCAUGCACAUACAACAGCCGCAUCGUCAACCUCUACAAAGUGUUCGAAACCAGUACUGAAAUGAUAUUGUUAYUAGAACUUGCACCUGGUGGUGAGCUACAAAUGGUUUUGGAUAAGGACGAAGUGCCGUCUGAACCAGAGGUGGCCCGACUCAUGCGACAGAUACUCGACGGGUUACACUAUUUGCAUACUAUAAAUGUCGCGCAUCUAGACAUCAAGCCACAAAACCUUGUACUGACUGCUGACUUUCCAAACUGUGAUGUAAAACUAUGUGACUUCGGCAUAUCCAGGUACCUCAGCGAAGGCGCUGACGUGCGAGAAAUACUUGGCACACCUGACUAUGUGGCCCCCGAAGUGCUAAACUACGAACCGAUCGACGUGCAAACCGACAUGUGGUCCAUUGGAGUCCUAUUGUACGUACUGUUGACUGGGUGUUCGCCGUUUGGCGGCGACACAAAACAGGAAACGUUCUGCAACAUAUCACAAUGCAAGCUCGAUUUUCCUGAAGAUCUAUUUCAGGAUAUAUCUGAGGAUGCUAUUGAUCUCAUGAAGAAGCUGAUGGUGAAAAACCCUAAGGAUCGCCUCACUGCCAAGGACUGCUUGGAACACGGUUGGUUUCACAGAAUGCUGACAACGACGACAGCGACGUGCACGACGCCCUCGAGGAUAUUCAGUGGACAAGACGGCGGCGGGAGCAGCAGCAGCAACGCGUCCGAUUCGUCGAUCUGCGCAAUAGUGACCAACGCUCUGUCAGACGUCGUGRAUCACGUCACUGCCGCCAACACUACCCCCGUGACGACUGCCGUCAAACAACACCACCAACACCAACAACAGCAACAACAACAAACACACCACCAACACCAACAACAACAGAAAAAGUUUGCCGCCCUGUCAAAGAGCUGCGACAACUCGCCCGUUCCGGCGAUGAGCGCGUCUCGGCGAAAGUCUUUCAAGGACAACAUGGAGUCGCUGGUCAAGCGRUUGGACCGCGAACUGGCCGACAGCUACGAACGGAUGGUCAGCGAAUCGAAUCCGUCUCCUCCACGCACCACCAACGUGGCCGCCCCGUCGGGCCGGACUCUGAGCCGUGCCAACGGCACGCAGACCAUGCCGGUCGGAGGACUGGCGCGUGUCGAUGGCCGCGACAUGGUGCCAUUUACUUUCCGCAGGGUGUACGUGGUGGAUGAGCCAUCGCCGCCACCGUCACCGUCAUCUCAGCUACUUCACCACCCGGAAUACCACCACCGGCCGCGAGCACCGUCCACGUCGUCGACGCCCAACAGCAGCAGCGCUGACACCUCGUCGGUGAGCGACUGCAGCAGCGAUACCGUCAGCGAGUUCUCGAUCGAUUCGAGCAGCGACCGGUCCAGCAUCAUAUCGCUGGAAGACUCGCUGGACAAUCCGUCGUCAUCGUCGUCCUCGUCCUCCUCUUCGUCGUCGUCGUGGUGUCGACCGUCAUCCGCCGACCUGUUGCGGCAGACCCGGAGGCUGGGUAAAAUGUCCGCGUCCUGCUUCAACGUCUGGGACACUUCCGGUGGCGAUCGCAGGAAAUGGCCUAAGGAGUGCAGCGGCGCCGUGGCCCGGGCAAUGUCGCAGUUCGCCAACGGGUGCGGUGACUGCCGGCCGGCCGCUCGACUGCGGGUGUUCGACGACAAGACCGGCGCCGGUGUGGCGAACGGCGUGUCUGGACCGCGGGACAACCGGUGCGUGGGCCUGGAACUGAUGCGCGARCGAAACGGCAACGUGGUGGUGAUACGCGAGAUCAAGGCCAACGGCGGCAGCGGCCGAUACGCCCGGUGCAGCGAGCUCAAGUGCGAAACGGUCCAGUCGCGGAUACGCAAACUCCAGGUGCAUCGCGCUGGACUCGCCGCCCGACCGGCGCUGGACAAGUCGUCGGCGUCGUCGCCACUGUCGUCGUCGGACCUUUUCUGACGGCCAGCCGCCCGAACCUCCGCCGCAUCUAGUCCGCAGCAACGACCUUAUUGUUAUUAUUAUUAUUAUUAUYAUCACACGGUUAUUUUUCUGAUUAUUUUACUAAUAUUAUUAUUGUUAUUGUCCAAUUUGUGGCCGUCACUGUCUUUCUGUUCCCCUUCUUCUACAGACGGCGGUGGCGAGCUCCGAAUUCGUUUAGACUCUCAUCCCCUCUUGUGCUCGAAAAUUGAUAAUUAUACGCGUCUUAGCCUACUCGUUAACUAUUAAAAUAUUAUAUGRUACUAAUAACAUUUGAACGUAAUACGUUUGUAUGAUUUAAAUUAUAUUAUACGAUUCUUCGUCUAUUUCCUCUUAAACAUUUCAAUAGUCUCUUCAAAAACGUCAUCUAUAUAUAAACAAGCGUUUAUGAUUACUAUUUAUUUUUUUUUUUUUUUACUAUUCGAAAACAAAUUAUGAUUUAUG